AUGGAUCUGGUGCAGAAGAAAAUCAAGGUCUCUGAUGAUGCUGACGAGGCUGAUGCAUCGUCAGAAGCAGCCGCCAAUGUGAGCGAAAGCACGGAUGUGGAGCUUGACAGUCAUCCUCUGCUGGCUCACCUCCGGCUUUAUAUUUUCAGUGAUGUAUACCUCGGCUCGGAACUGAAGCAGUUGGCCUAUGAAAGGCUCACUGCAUGCUUCGUGGGUAUCAGCAGACCGCAAACUCUCGAUCAACAUCGUAAGGUCAUCUCUGUCAUGCGGGUCGCCUCCCUCAAGAUUCAGCCCAGCGACAGUCUCUUGGACUGGCUGGCCCAUUAUGCGGCAUACACUGUCGAUCAACUUUCAAGUUCAGCCCUCUUUUCACGAACUUCUUGA